UUGCGCGGCGGGCCUCAGUAGCGUGACGAGCGUCGAUUUGUGCGGUCCCCGUUUCUCGCGCUCCUCUCGCGUACGCCGGUUCCUUGCUCCCGUCGUUCUGUCUCGUCCUGCGACUUGCGUUUAUCUUCCCUGCUUACGCGCGCACCGUCUUUAUCUUCUCGCAGUCCUACGCAUCCUUCGGCGAGACCGAGGCGCGGCCGAAUCCAGUCGGAUCGAAUAGUGUCGAGCCGGGACGGGACGCGCGCGCGUGUGUGCCAUCGAUACGCUCGACCGGACCGGAGCGUCAAGGAGCCAACGAUUGAGGGAAGCAGGACUUCUUCGCGGAAAGUCAGAGAGAGAGAGAGAGAGAGACGUUGAGAAAUUAUUUUAAUUUUGUAACUCGAGUAAGAGCGACCGAGUUCGUCCAGCUACGUCAUUACGAUGCAGAGCAACGGUUCGGAGAAUAUAGGAUCUGAGAACGGUGUCGAUAAAUCGGGAUGGACAGUUGGAUUGAUAAACGGGAAGUUUAAGUAUCUAACGGCGGAGACAUUCGGUUUCAAGAUCAACGCCAAUGGUUCGAGUUUGAAGAAGAAGCAAUUAUGGACUCUGGAGGGCAGCGAGCAUCAGGUUUUCCUUCGCUCGCACUUGGAUCGAUACUUAGCGGUCGACCAGUUUGGUAACGUUACAUGCGAAAGCGAGGACUCAUCGGAUCCAGGAUGUGCUUUUCAAAUACAACUCGCUUCUGAUGGCAGUGGACGAUGGGCGCUGAAGAAUAUUCAGAGAGGCUAUUUCUUAGGCUCGAGCCAAGAUGAAUUGAAGUGUACCGCUAAAGCUCCAGGCGAGGCGGAAUACUGGCUCGUACAUCUUGCCGCCAGACCGCAGGUGAAUCUUCGAUCGGCCGGAAGGAAACGUUUUGCGCAUUUGAGCGCAACUCAAGAUGAGAUUCAUGUGGACGCGCCGGUGCCCUGGGGUGAGGAUACUCUAUUCACGUUGGAAUUUCGUCCAGCGACCAUGAGCGACGACGAUAGUCACAAGGAUCGUGCUAAGUCUGAAGGUGGUCAUUACGCGCUACAUACAUGCAAUAAUAAAUAUCUCGCACGUGACGGUAAAUUGUUGGACGCUUGCACGCGAGACUGUUUAUACGCUGCGGAAUUUCACGCCGGUCUUCUCGCGCUUCGAGAUAUUCAUGGCGCAUACUUGGCACCCAUUGGAAGUAAGGCCGUUUUAAAAUCAAGAUCAACGACCGUUACACGCGACGAGCUUUUCUCUUUAGAAGAAUCUCUACCGCAGGCGUCAUUCGUCGCGGCGUUAAAUCAACGAUACGUUUCCGUGAAGCAAGGCGUCGACGUGACGGCCAAUCAAGAUGAAAUCUCUGGCCAUGAGACAUUCCAGUUAGAGUUUGAUCGAGUGACGAAACGAUGGUAUGUACGAACGAUGCAGGAUCGUUACUGGAGCCUGGAAGCCGGUGGUGGUAUCCAGGCAUCCGAUCACAAGCGCUCGUCGAAUGCACUCUUCGAUUUGGCAUGGCAAUCAAAUGACGGUACGGUCGCGUUGCGCGCAAACAACGGCAAGUUCCUAGCGACCAAGCGAUCCGGUCACCUCUACGCGAACGCCGACUCGUUGAAUGGCAAUGAUUCCGAUGCUGCCAAGUACUACUUUUACCUGAUGAAUCGACCUGUGCUGGUGUUGCGAUGCGAACAGGGCUUCGUCGGACCCAAAAGCGCGGCCAGUACCAAGCUUGAGUGCAACAAGGCCAUCUACGAGACGAUACGUGUCGAGCGGUGCGAACGCGGCGUGAUCAGAUUUAAAGGACAAAACGGGAGAUACUGGCAUGCGGAUAGCGAAGGAGUUACCGUAGAUUCGGACAUGCCAUCCGAUGGAUUUUAUCUGGAGCUGCGUGAGCCGUCACGGAUCUGCAUCAAGUGCGUGGACGGCCGGUACCUCACCGCGGGCAAGAACGGCGCGUUGCGUUUAGGCGAGUCGGACUACGAGUCCGCUACGAAGUGGGAGUUCUAAUGUGGGCAAUAUAUAUAUAACAUAAAAAACGUGCAACGAGCAAGAUUUGUACUCCACUGCCUCCUCAGCUUUGGUCGUAACUCGCACAGUACCGUAUCCCUUCGAAUAACAAAAGAUUCGCAGUUUGGGUUAAUUCCCCUGUGGCGUACUUAAUUAAUCGAGCAUACCGCGUCGAGCAAUCAGCAUAAAGUUAACAAUAUCUCAAUAUACAAUUUUAUUAUUUCAAAUCUUAGUAAAAUAUUUCCUCAAUAUAUUCAAGACUGAUGCGAUAAACGAUUUCUCCAAAAGUGUAAGACCGGCUUGAAUACUUUUAUAACUGUCUAGGGUCUAUUUUCUAUAUAAUACACAAACUUUUAUAUCUGUAUAUUGUAGGUAACUUGCCACGUUGCGAGCUCAAUAUUAUAUCUUUCUUGU